CGUUUUCUUUCUCUCUUUUUGGGGGGAAUUUGCAACUCGCUCGGUCUGCUGUUUAUUAAUUGAAAAGACAAAAUGAGUCACAUCAGUGUCAAUUUCCUCGUUGUUGGAGAUACGGGGGUGGGGAAGUCCUCCAUCAUCGCCAGCUUCUUUGGGGAGAAGAUCCAGCCAAUCCACCUCCCGACGCACGUGCUGAGCGCCAGUCACUGCACCUUCGCGUUCUCUUCGAAGGAGGUCGAGGCCUACAUAUGCGACCUGCCUGGAUCUGAGCAUUUCCGACCGAUCGUGAGUUGCUUCUACCCAGGAGCGGCGGCCAUCUUGCUCGUGUUCGACCUCAUCAACAAACACACUUUCAACAACCUUCCCCGAUGGAUGCAUGACAUACGAGAGACUCUCCCUGCGCACAGCGUCGUCGUCCUUAUCGGGAACAAGAGUGACCUCGAGAAAGCCCGUGUGGUGUCCAGGGCAGAGGCGCAGAUCUUCGCCGACCGCUUCCAUUUACGUUACUUUGAGGUCUCGGCCGCUCUUGGUCUCAACGUCGGCCUGGCUUUCGACGUCGCCGCUGGGUUGGUGCUUGAUAAGGUCGAGGAAAGAGAUGGAGCGACUUCGGAAGAGGAUAAGGCGGUUUCCUCUUGUGAUAUGGGAGAGGAAGAAAGAUUGAUUUGGAAGAAACUAAUGUAAUUUCUUUUUAUUUAUUAUUCAUUUUUUACU